AUGUACGGUCAGGUCCAAGAUCCAUUGGUUCACGCAGCCGCUGCCGCUCUUGCACAGUCAACAAACGCCGAUCCAGUCAUCGGUUCGUUUUUUUUUCAUCCAGCUCCUUGCCACCGCUCUUUGUCUUGGUCACAUGACGGCAGGAAACGAAGCGAAAAAAAAGAGGAAGCUGCCGUUAUGUGUAACCUCGGCAGACAUAUGGUUCCACUUAUGAAAACUGGAAUUAUUUCCAGGUUCGCGUGACACCAUGUUCACCAAAAUCUUCGUGGGUGGUCUGCCGUAUCACACCAGUGAUAAAACGCUGCACGAGUACUUUGAACAAUUCGGCGACAUUGAAGAGGCCGUCGUGAUCACUGACCGUAACACCCAAAAAAGUCGCGGAUACGGAUUUGUGAGUAGUUCUUAUUGGAAUUUGAACAAUUCGCAACAAGGUUGCUUGUCGGAGAUCGAUUGAAACGCUUUCUCGUCAUCAAUCACUGUCCUGAUACGAUGAACCGUUUUUUGCGCUCUUCCGACAAGAAAUCACAUUUGAUAGGAAAACACGAGUUUUGUUCUAAACGGAAUGAAAAUAGAAAUCUCGCGGUCCACUUUGCAUCUUUCUGUCUCUCAAAGACUCGCACGCGUAUCGUAUUAGCAAACAUUUGUAUAUCCUUAUAUCCAUCGAAUAAUUAUGUAACCGUAUGAAGCAAACGAAUUAGAAUAGGAUCAUGAUGAAACGGAUUAAUCACAGAAGAAUGCUUUCAGGUUACAAUGAAGGACCGUCCGUCGGCUGAAAGAGCAUGCAAGGAUCCGAACCCGAUAAUCGACGGUAGAAAAGCCAAUGUGAACCUGGCCUACCUCGGAGCCAAGCCACGGACAAAUGUUCAACUUGCCGGUACGUUUCUUUCAGAACAUUAUCUUGCUCUUCUCUUCCCCCAAGUGUGUUUUGGCUUCUGCUAAACAUUACCAUCCUCCACAACCUUCAUAACCAGGAAACUGUUUGUGUCGCGCAUCUAUUUCAGUUUUUGUCUGUGUUAACCAAAUCACCAAGUUGGUCUUUUUAGCGCUGGCCGCUGGACAAGUACAACUGCCACUCACCACCCAACUUCAAGCGUUGUUUCCACCAAGAAUCGGGUAAGUUUGGGUGAUGCCUGUGUGUGAUACCUACUUCCUAUCUCAUCCAAAAACUGCGUUGUGUUGAUCAGUCGGGAUUAAAAACUUGAAAAUCGUGUCCUAGCUCCGAGUCGUCAUCUAGGUUUCCCAAAUAAAAACACUCAUGUUUCUGUUCACACCUUUAAUGAAUGACAACAAUUUUAAGACAAGUGGCUGGUUGAAUCGAGUCCGCGGAUGCCUAAAACCAAAGGUUAGGCGUGCUUUGACGUGUGCCAAUCAUUACUCUCUCCAACCAAAAGCAGAAUACAAUAGUGCUGUGUUUUGAAGUGUCCAUACUCUCUUUCUCUUUAUUUCACCUAUUUCCCAACCUAUGAUUUCAAUAUUUCUCCUCCCCUUGGUGAGAUCUGCAUAGUCCUGAAUGAGCACCCCAGUUUUUUCAUUGGUGGGAUUUGAUUUCUUUCUAUUCUUAGGUCUAUGGUAUGGCUGCCUAACUAAAAGAUCACGCAUUCUAAAACUUCGCUAUAGUUUGGUUCUAUAUAAUGUGUCACAAAAUACCCAAAAAAAAAGCAAAACGCAAAACCAAAGCUGAUUUUUCUUUCCUUCUAUCCCCAUUUGUUAAAAGUCAUUUUUGCACUAACUCCGAGCAAAGCAACAGUACUCCCAGCUUUUUCAAAUGUCAAGUGGAAAGAAGCGAAGGAGCCAUUUUUAUUUGAUUAUUCAUCACGCAUGUGCGUGCUUUUGGGUGAUAUUGUGAUCAACACUGUUGCCUUAUUUCAAGCAUUUGGCAUCCUACCCAACUCUGGCAGAUGUGUGAACGCGUUCAUAAUCGUGCCAUUUUCAGACUACCUCAAAUGUACUACCCGGCCGUCACAGGUCUGGUUAAUCCGUUGAUGGCUGGACAUGGAGCCGCUGCACAGCAACAACUCAUUGAUUACCAGGCCCUCGCCGCCGUGAUGGGACAGAACCAGAAUGCUGCCGCUGCCUACGGUCUGGCACCACAAGGAAAAUGUACUCAGAUCCGAAUCCUGAAACAUUGGUUCUAAUUCUCUUUAUUUUUAGACGCAUCGGCUGGCCAACCCACAAUUGAACAAUAUGCAACCUACCCGGCCGGAUACGGACUCGUCCCUCAAACCGCUUACAACCUCGGAAGCUCGCAACUGCAGCUGGCUGCCGCACAACAACAACUCGAGCAUCAACGUGUUUAG